GCACAAGGCUUAGGUACUUCGAAGGAGUAGUGCUAAUACAUUGAGAAAUAAAAGUAGGACAAAAAUUGUAUCCUUUGAGAGGAAUCUAUAUAUUUUGGAAGUAGAACAAUGAGAUGAGAUCCGGAAAGCCAAAACGAACUCGGCUGCUGUCUCUUUACGUGUCUUUACUAUUUCAACCUUUAGGAUUUUACCUAUUUGACUAUGUCUUGUCCUUCCAUCAUUUAUUUUAAUUCCUUAUAUCCUUAUUCACAAAUGAACUAAUGGUAUUAUGACUUUAGUCUUAAUAUAGCGUCGUCAAUUUAGACGCAAUAGUUGUUGACAGGAAUAGCCUCUUUUGGGAAAAGUUUAUAUAUUUUGGAAGUAUAACAAUGAGGUAAAUUUUCCAUUUAAGUAUUCCAAGGUUUUCUUCUCCUUCUUCUUUCUUUAUGAAACACAUAGUUUCGGUUAUAAAGGUGAUAAUAACCUUUUGGGAGUAGAAGAAUAAGAUAUACUUUUAUUUGGAGUAUUUCAAGGUUUACUUGUUCUUUCUUUGUGGUAUACGUAGUUUUUGCCAUGUAGGAUAGGGAUAACCUUCUUUAGGAGUAGUCUACGUAUUUUGGAGGAAGAUCAAUGAGUUGCAGAGUUUUGUCAAGGUGUCUAUACCAUUUCAAUUUUUGGUAUUUUACUCAUUUAACUAUGUCUUGACCUUUCAUCAUUCAUUUUAAUUCCUUAUUCACUAGCCUUCAAUCAUUUUCAUCUACUUUAGCUCUAAUUCUGUUCUUAGCAUUUUAUUUUGGAAUAUUCUGAUGGUUCUCUCCUUCUUUGUUCGUGAGACACAUAGUUUUUCAUGCGUAGGUGCCAACAGUGGUUUAAUAGUUGCUUUCUAGAUUCUGGUACAAAUGAACUACUGGUAUUAUGACGCCAGUCGUAAUAUAGCGUCGUCAAUUUAGACGCAAUAGUUUGUUGUGGAUAGGGAUAACCUCCUUUGGGAGAAGUCUCCCAUAUCUUUUUGAAGGGGUUGUACGUAUUUUGGAAGCAUUUAAAGAGAAAUUAAAAAAAGAUGAUAUUGCAAAAACCUGUGGGGUGGUUAGAUUUCCACAAUAUUAUUGCGAACUAAACCCGAUUGAACUGGUACGGGUAAAGAUACAGGGAGACAUUUCGAAAAAAAAAAUUAUGUUUUACUAUUUAAAUAUUGUCUCAUGACAACAAUGAGACUGUAUUGUUGUCUUAGUAAAAUGAGAAUGAACUCUAGAAAAAAUACAUUUAAUUAACCAAAAAAUUAAUUUAAGAAAAUAUUUUCUGCACGAUUUAAAGAGUCAUUGUAUCAUUCAUUAUUUAAAAUAGUGACCUUCAACAACCGCACUGUGGAGUCCAAUGACGGCACUCAGGUAAGUAAGAAACAUUACAGUCAAAUCGAGUUUAUCAGAAGAGAAAGGCGCAGAACGGUUUUACCGUUUAUAGUGACAACAAACUCUCAUCCAUUUAAAAAAAAAUGUUUUUAGCGUGCGUUUCUGUGAUACUGUUUUUGUUUAAUACUUGGAUAGAUGCAUCUCUUGCUCCUUCUCACGGUAAAGUAGUAGUAUGUUAUUUAGGCAGCUGGGCAGUUUACAGACCAAACCGAGGAUCUUUUGCUAUAGAGAAUCUAGAUCCGCGUUUAUGCACUCACCUGAUUUACACAUUUGCAGGUUUAAAUGUUAGCCAAGAUAGUCUAAGGUCAUUAGAUCCUUGGCAAGAUUUGACAGAAGAUUAUGGAAAAGGGGGAUAUAAAAGAAUAACUGCCCUAAAAAAUAAUUAUCCGCAUUUGAAAGUAAGUUUGGCUGUAGGAGGAUGGAAUGAAGGAUCUACAAAUUAUUCUAGACUUGUAGCAGACCCUUCGAGGCGAAAUAGAUUUGUGGCGAGCUCCUUGGAUUUCAUAAGAAAGUACAACUUUGAUGGACUCGAUCUAGAUUGGGAAUUUCCUGGUAAAAGAGGAGGAACUAAAGAUGACAAAACUAACUUUUUAUUAUUAGUCAAGGAAUUAAGGGCAGCUUUUCGAAAACACAAUCUUUUAUUAACGGCAGCUUUCAGUGCUGGAAAAGAUACAAUCGAUGUAGCUUACGAUGUAGAAGGAUUAUCUGUGUAUUUAGAUUUUAUACAUAUGAUGUGUUACGACUACCAUGGUCCAUGGGAUAGAAAAACUGGGGCGAAUGCACCUUUGAAAGGACCUGAUACACUCAAUGUGGAAUAUUCCAUAAACUACAUGUUGAGUUUAGGAGCCCCUCCAAGAAAACUAGUCAUGGGAAUACCAUUUUAUGGUAGAACUUUCUUCUUAGAAGCUUUUAAUUCAUCCUCAAAGAGGAAACCGAGAUUAGGAUCUCCAGCGACGAAUCUUGGAUUUGCAGGUCCUUUCACUGCUGAAGGCGGUUUUAUGGGCUACAACGAAAUAUGUUUGGAACUUCGAAACCUAGCUGCACAUUGGAAAAUUUAUUGGGACGAUGAAUCUCGUACCCCAUUCGCUAUAUCUGAAGAUAAAGUGAUCGUAUACGACAACGAACAAUCGAUAGCAGAAAAGAUUCAUUUUGCGAUGGAGAAGGGUUUAGCUGGAGCUAUGGUUUGGUCUAUUGAUACAGACGAUUUCCAUGGAGAUUGUUCGGAAGGAGAAAAUGAACGUUUUGUUAAUUUUCCUCUCAUGCGUUGCAUCAACAAAUCUAUCGUACAAAGUCUAAAAGAUUUGGAAAAUACUGUUAAAGAUACUAAAACAAAGAGCGGUGAAGAUAGAAUAAGGUCCGGAUUACUAGGAAUAUUUAUUUUUUUAUUUAAAUAUUUCAUUUGAUCUAGUCAUAUAUAAAUAAAAAAAAAGAGUAUAAUGUAGAA